GGAAUCGAAAGGAGAAAUCUUCCAAGCUUCCCACCCAAUAAUGCCUGACCAUGUUGGCGGGACCAUGGGUGUGUAGACGCUGUCUGAGGAGGUCACUGCCUUCAAUACCUCUACGCUUCAUCAGGAGAGCCACAACCGAGACCCGCCCUGUUCUACCCCAGAUCCUACUUGAGCGCGCCCGCAAGCUCGCCGUCGAGCACGAUCAGCUCAACGAGAAGCUUGCCAGCGACUUCGACUCCAAGCUCGCCAAGCGUGCCGGCGAGAUUGCUGGUGUGGCGUCAGCCCUCCGAGACUAUGAGACGGCACAGUCCUCGCUCACGGAGUUGAGGGCCCUGCUCCAGUCCAAAGAUGAAGAGAUGCGGCAGCUCGCCCAGGAGGAGCUCCAGACGACGCAUGACCAGAUCGGGAGCCUGGGCCACAAGCUCUCCGCCAGCCUGACCCCCGUCGACCCGUACGCCGACCUGCCCUGCAUCCUCGAGUUCCGGCCCGGUCCGGGCGGUAUCGAGGGCCGCUUCUUCACAGACUCUCUCUUCAAGAUGUACCAGCUCUACUGCCAGCGCAAGGGUUAUCGGACAAAGGUGGUCAAGUACGAGACGGCAGACGGCGCGGGCGACGUCAAGGGCUCGGACGGCGAGCUGCCCCUGCAGGAGGCUGUGUUGGAGGUGCAGGUGCCCGGCGCUUUCGACAUGUUCCGCAACGAGGCCGGCAUACAUCGCGUCCAGAGGGUGCCGGUCACGGAGAGCAAGGGGAGGACGCACACCAGCGCCGUGGCAGUGUGGGUGCUGCCCUCAUUUCCUGACAGCGGCGGGUCCGGUGCAAACGACUUCAACAACCCUGAGAGUGACUUCUACAUCGAUCCGACCGAGGUCAGGGUCGAGACCAUGCGGGCGAGGGGUGCAGGUGGCCAGCACGUCAACAAGACCGAGUCGGCCAUCCGACUGACGCAUCUGCCGACGGGCACCCAGGUCAGCAUGCAGGACCAGCGGUCCCAGCAGGCCAACAGAGAUACCGCGUGGAAGAUCCUGCGGUCGAGGAUCGCCAUUGCCCGCCGCGAGGCUCGGGAGGAAGAGGCCAAGAAUCUCAGGGAUAGCGUCCUUUCCAAAGACAAAAUAACCCGAGGAGACAAGAUCAGGACAUACAACUACAGUCAAGAUCGCUGCUCAGACCACCGGAGCGGCGUCGACACGCACAAUCUCCCCAACGUCCUCCAAGGAGGCGAGACGCUCGACAAGAUUAUCGACAGUGUGAGGGAGUGGCGUCUUGCAAGGGACAUCGAGGUUGUUCUUGCCGAGGAAGAGGCUGCUGCUGCAGCGGCGGUGGCGGCGACGGCGAAGCAGGGCAAGGGUAAGAAAUAAGUCCCAGCGAAGCUUGACAGGACUUAUCUCAGCUAUACAACGAUACCAUUUCUCAACACAGAGCAAUAUCUCCAAGAAGAUUUAUGCAACAUCAGAUUGGUCCCGUUCGUGGACCCCAAGG